AUGUCGUGGUACGAAAUCCGCAAGGACUCCAACGGAGCCAACCAACUCGUCCGACACAAAGGAAGCAAACCAAAGAAACGAACCAACGAACCAAAAACAACGUCAAAUUCCACAUCGAAGCGUAUAUCGAGACAGGGUAGAAAAGUCGUGCUCGUCAGUGAGGUCAAAGAGCGUGAGGUCCCUAUCGUGGAGCUUCCGAGGAUGCGUGAGGUCACUAUCGUGGAACCUCCGAAAAUGCGUGAAGGAAUGGGCAAAGUGUUGCAUCAGGGCGUUGACAGAGAAGCGGAGGAAAGGGUCCGGCAGAUGCUGGGGCGUCUGCGGCUUCUGGGGCAGGAUGGAAUUCGUGGUGGUGAGUCUGGGUAUGUCAAAGGUUCUGGGCUCGCUGCCAUUGAUACGAUUCGAAAGCCCAGCGAGAAGCGUAACGGGACCAAUAUCGCGUCUGAUGCAUAUCCGACUGUCAGCGAAAGAGCCGGGCGUUCUUUACGUACCCUUCCACCAGGGUGUACGAAAGGACUUCAAGGAGUGGAAAGGGGAUUGUGUGGAGGGAAGAAAAGUGGGAAAAUCGAGCAUUGCAACGGCUACCGCGUUGAGACUCGGGUGCCGUUAGGUUAUAGGAGUCCAAGUGUAGAGUCGGUGUCAGAGGAGAACGUGGAUGAUGGGAUUUGA